AAAGCUGUGAGGUGGUGAUUUGUGCACCAUUUUGCCACCCAUUCCUUUAUACAAGCUCAUGAACAUCAUGAUGCUUUUAUGUCUUGCAAUUACAGGUAAUGUGUACUGUCUCUACAUAACAGCUGAAGAUGUCUGGUGUUUUUCUUGGCUUCAAGGAUAAGAGUUCUGCACUCGGAGCCCAAAAGAGCAAGACAGCGUGAGAACCACCAUCCUUAUCCACCCCUGUAACAUAACUAAAGCGCACGGAGCUGAUGCAGUAUGGACAUGAACGGGCUUCAGUUUUCCACGGACUGGCACUAAGAUCCACUUUUAAAUGCCCUAAGAGACUUCUUUUUUUGCUCCCCACAUUUCCUUUUUACUUUAUUUAUUCAUUUUGUAUUUGAUUUUAUUUUUGGACCGGAAAUUGACAAUUGUGCACUAGCUCUAAGGGUCGGCGCACUCAGAUGGCGGGGCCACAGCCGGGAGUUCACGCGCUCCAGCUCAAACCCGUGGCCGUGCCGGAGAGUUUGAGAAGUGGAAACAAAUUCAUGAAAUGGGAGGAUGACUCCACCAUUGUGACUCCUGUGACAUUACGGGUUGACCCCAAAGGCUACUUCUUGUACUGGACUGAUCAGAAUAAGGAGACAGAUGUUCUGGACAUUGCUUAUAUCAAGGAUGCUCGAACUGGGAAAUAUUCCAGGACACCUAAGGAUGCUAAAGUGCGGGAGCAGCUGGGUGUGGCUGGUGUGGUGGGAAAGAUUGAGAACAGAAUCCUGACAGUGGUGACUGGUACAGAUAUGGUGAACAUCACCUUCCUGAACUUUAUAGCCUUCCAAGAUGAGGUGGCUAAGGAGUGGUCAGAGGAGCUCUUCAACUUGGCUUCCAACCUCCUGAUCCAAAACAUGUCCCGGGAGUCUUGUCUAGAAAAAGUGUAUACUAGACUAGUGCUCCAGCUCACUCCUGAAGGAUUUAUUCCUGUGAAGAACAUCUUCCGUGUGUUUUCGGCAGACAGGAAGCGGGUUGAGAAUGCGCUGGAGAUCUGCGGUCUUCCAUCAGGGAGAAAUGACUUAAUUCCCCAGGAACAGUUCACUCCAGAUAUAUUCAGAGUGUUCCUCAAUAACAUUUGUCCCCGGAAGGACAUCGAUACCAUCUUCUCUGAAAUUGGUGCUAAGAGCAGGCCAUACCUCACAGUAGAUCAGAUGACUGACUUCAUCAACAACAAGCAGCGGGACCCUCGGCUGAACGAGAUCCUGUACCCUCCCCUGAAGCCCGAGCAAGUGCAGGCGUUGGUGGAGAAGUAUGAACCUGACAUCAUGCUCUAUAAGAGAGGGCAGAUCUCUGUUGAGGGUUUUGCCAGGUAUCUGAAUGGAGAAGAGAACAGCAUCAUCCCUCCGGAGAAACUGGACCAAAGUGAGGACAUGACACUUCCUUUGUCCCACUACUUCAUCAACUCCUCCCAUAACACCUACCUCACAGCGGGGCAGCUGGCGGGAAACUCCUCGGUGGAGAUGUACAGACAAGUGCUGCUGUCAGGCUGCCGCUGUGUGGAGCUGGACUGCUGGAAGGGACGCACAGCCGACGAGGAGCCCAUUAUCACCCACGGCUUCACCAUGACCACUGAGAUCUCCUUUAAGGAAGUGAUUGAGGCCAUUGCUGAGAGUGCUUUCAAGACAUCUCCUUUUCCUGUCAUCCUCUCAUUUGAGAACCAUGUGGACUCCCCCAAGCAGCAAGCUAAGAUGGCUGAGUACUGCAGAUCAAUAUUUGGAGAUGCUCUGCUUACAGAUCCACUGGAGAAAUACGCACUGGAAGCAGGAUGCCCUCUGCCCAGUCCCAUGGAACUCUUGGGUAAAAUUCUCAUCAAGAACAAGAAAAAUUCCCACAAGGAUGAUGGCAGCACAAAGAAGAAGCUCUGUGAGCAGACCUCAAAUACCUACAGCGAUACAUCCAGUGUGUGUGAGCAGUCCUCUCCAAGUGCAGGCUCCACAAAUCAUGACAUGCCGGACUCCAGUCAGCCGAACUCAGAGUCAGGCAGUGACAGCAGGCCACAGGGGAGAAAAUAUAUUGGUGAGGUCGAUGCAGAAAGUGAGGAUGAGGAUGAUGAAGACGACGACUGUAAAAAGUCCAUGGAUGAGGGGACAGCAGGAAGUGAAGCAUUUGCCACUGAGGAAAUGUCCAACUUAGUCAACUAUAUCCAGCCGGUCAAGUUCACCUCAUUUGAAGCAUCUAAAAAGUCCAAUAAAAGUUAUCACAUGUCAUCAUUUGUGGAGACAAAGGCACUUGAGCAGCUGACAAAGUCUCCAGUGGAGUUUGUGGAGUAUAACAAACUCCAGCUUAGCCGAAUCUACCCCAAAGGCACUCGGGUGGACUCCUCCAACUACAUGCCCCAGGUCUUCUGGAACGCUGGAUGUCAGCUUGUGGCACUGAACUUUCAGUCGUUAGAUCUAGCCAUGCAACUGAACCUGGGCAUGUUUGAGUGCAAUGGAAAAUGUGGCUACAGGCUGAAGCCUGAGUUUAUGAGGAGACCUGAUAAAAACUUUGACCCCUUCACUGAGAGCACAGUGGAUGGGAUUGUAGCGCACACACUUUCAGUGAAGAUCAUAUCAGGACAGUUCCUGUCCGAUAAAAAAGUUGGCACCUAUGUGGAGGUGGAAAUGUUUGGCCUCCCAGUGGACACAAGAAGGAAAGCAUUCCGGACGAAGACAUCCCCAGGCAACGCUGUUAACCCUGUGUGGGAUGAGGAGCCUAUAGUCUUUAAAAAGGUGGUUCUUCCCACACUUGCAUCUUUGAGAAUAGCGGUCUAUGAGGACAGUGGGAAGAUUAUUGGCCAUCGUAUCAUCCCGGUGAAUGCCAUCCGGCCUGGUUACCAUUACAUAGGGCUGAGGAAUGAGAAGAACCAGACACUAACACUACCUGCUGUCUUUGUCUACACCGAAGUUAAAGACUAUGUUCCUGAUACCUUUGCAGAUGUGAUUGAGGCACUGUCCAAUCCUAUUCGCUACAUCAACCUGAUGGAGCAGAGAGCCAAUCAGCUUGCAGCUCUCACUCUGGAAGAGGGAGGACAAGACGUGAACAUCAAAGAGAUAGAUGCAUGUGGAGAGAUUGUAUCAGAGUCAGUCAGCGAGACCCAGCGUCCUCCAGCUGAGAAUGGAACGAGCUCUACUCCUCUUAUCUCCCCAAAACCGCCUUCACUGGUCAGCCAUCAUGCCCACUCCACAGGAUCUGUGAAACCAGUUGUUAAGACUGAAGAUGUGAUUCAGAGCGUUUUGACAGAGAUGGAAGCUCAGACGCUGGAGGAAUUGAAGCAGCAGAAGGCUUUUGUAAGGGAGCAAAAGAAACAGUAUAAAGAGCUAAAGGAGCUGGUAAAGAAGCACCAUAAGAAAACCACAGACAUGAUCAAAGAGCACACAGCCAAACAAAGUGAGCUGCAGAGCGAAUUUCAGCGCCGGCAGUCUGCCCUGCAUAAGAGCGCCAAACGAGACGGUAAGAAAAGAUCAGGUUCAGAGCACGCUCUGUCUGCUGUGGAUCAGGAGCUGGCUACUCUGGAGGAGGAGAACACGCAGAGACUGAACGAGCUGAAGGAGCAACAGCAGCAUCAACUGCUCACUCUCAGACAAGACCAGUACUACAGUGAACAGUACCUCAAAGGCAAACACAUCAAACAGCUGGUGGAGAAGCUGACCACUGUAUCUGAGGAAUGCCAGAGUAACCAGCUAAAGAAACUUAAGGAGCUGUGUGAGAAAGAAAAGAAAGAGUUGAAGAAGAGGAUGGAUAAGAAGAGACAGGAGAAGAUACAAGAGGCAAAAUCAAAAGAGAAGAAUCUAACAGAGGAAGAGAAGUUAGAAAUCAACAGGUCACAUGUGAACGAGGUUGUACAGUAUAUCAAAAGGCUGGAAGACGCUCAGAGCAAAAGGCACGAGAAGCUGAUCGAGGCACACAAACUCAUUCGGCAGCAAAUCCUAGAGGAGAAGCCGAAGCUUCAAAACGAGCUGGACCAGGAAUACCAGGACAAGUUCCGACGACUCCCGGUGGAGAUCCAAGAGUUUGUACAGGAAAGCGCUAAAGGCAUGCUAAGUAAUGAAUGGGACCCGAGCUGCCUUAGCACCUCAUCCACCAUCGAGAACCUAAACCACAAAGCAGGCCUGUCAGAGGAGGAUGCAGAUGAGGACUCUGCAGAGAAGGUGUUCGAUACUCCUCUCUGAGCUACAUGCUGGGUUCCACAUCAGCAUAUGUAAAGAAUUUGUAACAUCUGUGCUCCUGGAGUUGGCUCUUAUUCAUGUCUGAUCAUUUACACCAAUCUUUGGGAUUCUGUGACUUUGUAACUUCUCUUUGCCGUUCAUUCCUUACACAGAUAGAGCUUUAUAAUACUAAGGUAAGACGUGUUUGACGGGAUGAUGAGAUAACAUACUUGAACAACAGCAUGAAUACUUCUGGUUUCUUCAUGAUAUUAGGGUUUUAAUUUGUAAAUCUGUUACUGUAAACUGACAAGUUUGAUUAUGCUGCUGUUUGGGUUUAGUUAAGCACUAGGGAUUAUGUUUAUAUUUUCAUUAAUAGUGAACCCAAGCCUGGGCAAUUAUUUGCAAGGCAAUCUAUGAAAGUCAUUUCAGAGUAAGGCUGUUAAAAUAGCUUUAACCUGUAGAUCUCAGCCCCAUAUUCACCACAACUCUACUAUAUCUGCUACUGUUUCUGUUAAACUAGUACAAAUUACCACAAACCUGUUUUACAAAAAAAAAAGUUUAAUAUUUUAUUGAUUUUUUUGUUUCUUUUAACUUUUUAUACCUAUAAAUAGAACCACAAACACUACAUAUUAAUGUAACAUGAGGAACGUGGGGCCAGUUGCAUGUUUUUGUACACUUGUAAAUGUUGUAGCACAGAAAUCGAAAGAAAAUGCAUAAUAUUAAAUGUAAAUAUUAUAACCUUAAGCUACAAAAGAACGAAAGUGCUACGAAAGAGUUAAGUUCAUGUGACCACGGUGGGUAGAAAUGUACGAAAAAUAUUUGUUUGCACCUUGGCCUUAGAGAUAGAAUGCACUGAAAUCGUUUAUGUUUCAUGAUCAUUUCAUGAUUUCUACAAGAGCAAUGUAGAUAUGCUUUAGACAUGAUGCUGUUGUGUCUGCAUCUAACAUGAAUAUGCUGUUCAUUACUCCUCUAUUGUCUUAUUCAUUUUUAUUUACAUGUCAAGGUCUUUGGUUUAGCUGUCAUUGUGUGACCAAGUGAGUAUAGCUAUGUAUAAUUAGUAUACAUAAAGGGAACUAUAGCAAAAAUGCAAACAUUUAGAAAGCACAAAGGUCUUUGUUAAUCUGGAGAGUGAGCAGGAUAUGAUGAUCUGAUGAUUAUAGUGCUUUGAUUCUCACCCCAGGUUACCUUCACAAGCAUGGGAAAAUAAAUCUGUCCCAUUUGUGGUAAAAUAUUUGUGCCAAACAAACAAAAAAAAAAUCACUGUAUCCAUGCCUGGGUCACUAGGUGAUCAUUUGAAUGCAUUUUGCUGAUGUCUUACAAGCACAUUUUUGUGCAGAGCAUUUGUUGUUAAAUGUAACUUGGCACUGAAUGUUAUCAUUACUUAAAUUGUAAUCUGGUCUAUAAUCACUGUUUUAAUGUAAUUGCAAUUAACACGUACAUGCUGUGAAAGGCAAAGCACAUUUUGAAAAAGAGAAAAAUAUUAUACGACGACCUCAGAAUAAUCUCCUAUACAGUAUACAGUGAUCAGUUCCAAGUAUAGGGUGACAACUGACAGCUAUUUGAGUGAUAUGUUAACCUGUGUAACAUUUACACUCAGAAAUGGGUUUAGAACUGAAAAUAUACAUAGGAUGUUGAUCUGCAUAAUAUUUAUGGCAUGUUGUUCUGUUAAACACCAGAUAACUUGCAAAAGUAUCAACAUAACUGUAUCUACGUUAGAGCAAGGACAAUAUGCCAUAUUUAAACUGAAAGCAUAACAUAAAAUGCUAUGAUGAUGAUGGUGAUGAUGAUUAUUAUUAUUAUUAUUAUUAUUAUUACUAUUUGAAAACACUGAUGUAAUCAGUCUGAUUUCAUGAGAAAUGCAAAUUUAAAUGAACAAGGGUGGAUUUUGUUCAAAAGCUCCGAAGUCAAACCUUCUCCAUAACCCUGUGAGUAACCUUCAUAUCUUGUUAUAUGACCACACAACAUGUAAAGUAGAACUGAGGGCAAGUAUGUACUGGUGUAAAUGUCCUUACAAUUGUCCAUUCUUUCUUUUUCAUUUGUAAGGAUUAUUAGACAAAAGUCUUAUCAUCACUCUAACUGUUGUAUUUAUUCAGGUUCUUGACAAGUAGAUAAAACCAGAAAAAAACUGAAUAUGUCUAUCAGUGCUUGGAUUCCCAAAACAUUUCAGAUGCUCGGUAUAGUGCAUGAUUAAUAAUCGUUAUAUUGGCCCAGUCUGUCCACUUAGACUACUGUACUGUAUAGUUCUAGCCUGUUGUGCCACAAACAAAUUUUCUAAAGUUCGAACAUUUAAUAGACUUGAAAUGACUUAAUGAGUGUACAGUAAUACAUUUUUUGUUUACUUUUGAGGGAUUAUUGCCAUAUUGUAAGUCCUGUGCCUUUCUAUAUGUUUGCUUGUUGAAUGUAUGACAUGCAUUGUGUAAAGUCAUUAUAAGGACUAUGUGUUGUCGUAGGUCUAAAUGUCAACUGCUAAACAGAUUAUGUGCACUUUUAGUACCAUAACACUACUGAGUAACGUUUGUGACUAGCAGUAUUUCAGAAGAAUGGUCUAUAAAUAAUGUGGUGGAUUUUUGUUUUCUCUAUCCUACAUGUUUCUUGUCUUAGACAUAAAGGUACUGGAUAUAUUGUAUGCAUUUGGAAAAUGUAAGCAGAAAAAAAAACAUGUUAAAAGGACAAUUUGAGUAUAGAGGAAAUGCUUGUAAAUAAAAAAUAAAUGUUGGUUCUAUAU